CAGAGUGAAGGCUUGACCAGGGAUUUCUAAACACUUAAUCCACUGGGAUUUAUUUGGAAGAAUAGCACCGAUCACCUUUAAAACCGGCGCAGGGAGACCUGCACUUCUAUUUCCCUGGGGAGGAAGAGGACAGAGGCAACUCCAGCAGUGGGUCGGCUCGACUGAACUGGGUGAACAGACGUAGUGAUGCCGUCGGAGAUGCUCACCGCCGGGCUCCUGGUUGUUAACCGCUUGUCUGAAGUCUCCCCCCUCCUGCUUCUUCUGCUGCUGUUGUUUCUGUUGAUCACCACGUGGAACAGAACACACCAGUCCUGCAUACCAGGUCCAUCUUUCCUAGCAGGGCUUGGUCCUCUUCUAACCUACACCAGAUUUAUCUGGACUGGGAUUGGAACAGCGUGCAACUAUUACAACAACAAGUAUGGCAGCAUCGUUCGGGUGUGGAUUAAUGGAGAGGAGACUCUCAUCCUAAGCAGGUCGUGUGAUGUGUAUCAUGUGCUGAGGAGUGCGCACUACACGGCCAGAUUUGGGAGCGAAAAAGGCCUCGAGUGUAUAGGAAUGGAAGGGAAAGGUAUCAUUUUUAACAGCGAUGUCCCACUGUGGAAAAAAGUGAGGAUGUAUUUUUCUAAAGCUCUGACCGGGCCCAGCCUUCAGAGGACGGUGGGAAUCUGUGUGAGCUCCACAGCCAAACACCUGGACAGCCUGCAUUUCAUGACCGACACAUCUGGACACGUGGACGCCCUAAAUCUCCUGAGAGCCAUUGUGGUUGACAUCUCAAACAGGCUGUUCCUCAGGGUUCCACUCAAUGAGAAGGACCUGCUGAUGAAAAUCCAUAACUAUUUUGAGACCUGGCAAGCAGUUCUUAUAAAGCCUGACAUAUUCUUCAAGAUGGGAUGGCUGUACGCUAAACAUAAGAGAGCAGCCCAAGAGCUGCAGGAUGUGAUGGAGAACCUGCUCCAAAUUAAGAGGAAGAUGAUCAGUGAUACUGACAAGCUGGAUGAUCAUUUUGACUUUGCAACAGAGCUCAUCUUUGCCCAGAACCACGGAGAGCUCUCUGCAGAUAACGUCAGGCAGUGCGUGCUGGAGAUGGUGAUCGCUGCCCCCGAUACGCUUUCCAUCAGCCUCUUCUUCAUGCUGAUGCUGCUGAAGCAGAACCCAGAUGUGGAGCAGCAGAUAGUGGAGGAGAUGAGCACGGUGUUGAGGGGAAAGUCUGUGGAAAACACCAAUUUCGACGGGCUUAAAGUGUUGGAAAGUUUCAUCAACGAGUCUCUGAGGUUUCACCCCGUGGUUGACUUCACAAUGCGGAAAGCUCUGGAGGACGACAACAUUGACGGCACAAAGAUCAAGAAAGGCACCAACAUCAUUCUCAACAUCGGUCUCAUGCACAAGACUGAAUUCUUCCCGAAACCCAAAGAGUUCAGCCUGACGAACUUUGACAACACUGUGCCCAGUCGCUUCUUCCAGCCCUUUGGCUGCGGCCCUCGGUCCUGCGUGGGCAAACACAUUGCCAUGGUGAUGAUGAAGGCCAUCUUGAUUACACUGUUGUCCCGCUACACGGUGUGUCCCCGCCAAGGCUGCACCCUCAGCAGCAUCAAGCAGACCAACAACCUGUCCCAGCAGCCUGUGGAAGACGAGCACAGCCUGACCAUGCGGUUCAUCCCCCGAACAACAAGACAACAAGACCUUCAGAGCACAUUCAGCUCUGAAGGCAGCAUGUGAAGGCCUCUGACACAAUCUUUCACUCUCACAUGUUAAAGGGUGGGAAAAGGGAGAGGUGACAGUGUACCAACUCCUGAACAGGAAAUAUUCACAUGCCAAAACAGAAAUCUGUUCAAACCCUUAAAAUGAAUAGUUAAAUGUUUUGUCUAAUAAUAUCCUCUUUAACAUUGGUGGUAAAAUGUAUUAUCAGAUAAUGAACAAGAGUAUUUUUCUGCCUCAUUGGCUACAACAGAGGCAUAAGGAAGGAAAUGCCUUGUGUAACAAACAAGUCUUAACGUAGUGCCAACUUUUCCUAGAGCUUAAGAAAAGCUUUACUAAAAGCUUUUAGAGAGGAAUGAAUAUAUAAUAGCAGCAAAAUAACAGUGUGCAGUUGUUUUUU